UGGCAGCCCUGGUCCCUGGUCUGCAGGAAACAACCUGUUUGCCCCUAGCCAGAGUUCAUUAUCCUUGUGGCCACAGAAUGAGUCAGCCGGAGGAAACCACAGCCACUGGCGCCCGCCUCAGAUGGAUCUGCAUCUGUGGCCUUGCCAUCUCUUUGUACUCUCUGUACGUGAAGAUGCAGCUGGACCAGGAUGCAGACUACGUGGCCAUGUGCGAUCUGGCGGAGAAGGUUAGCUGCACAGCCGUCUUCAAGUCAGACUAUGGACGUGGCUUUGGACUGACACAGCUGCUGUUUGGAUCCACCUCCAACUACUACCUGAAUCCCCCGAAUGGAGCCAUAGGUAGUGUCUUCUAUGUGCUACUCUUUGCAAGCUCCUUCUUCGGGCAGCGCUGGAUGUGCCUGCUGCAGCUUUUGGUCUCCAUUUUGACGCUGCUCCUGUGCUUUUACCUGGGUUUUCUCCUAAUCUUCGUCCUGUUCGAUUGCUGUGUGGUCUGCCUGCUCAUCUAUGUGGUCCACACGCUGCUCUUUCUGGAGGUGCAUGGGCGCUACAAGCGCCUCUACCUCUACCUACCCAAAAAGAUGGCCAUCGAGUGAAAUCGUUUCUUAUUAUCGGUAUGGUAGUUGUAAAGUAUGCAAAAAUGCAAAUAAAUAAAGAGAAUCUAGAUGCGCUACUACCAAAUGAGUUAUGUGGGUUGACGGCAACCCGGUGGGAGGUUAAGCUGCCGACGUGAUCCGACUCCGAUCGUCAAAUCUUAGGCAAAUCGCCCGCUUCUGACCCGCACGUCUGACACGGAGCA